UGUGGGCAUAGGAGCAGCUGUAGCAACACCACACGGCACAAUAUCACUUUGGCUUCGAGAGCGAGUCAGAAUUGACAUGACAGUUGAUCAGGCCAUAAGGAUUAUUAAUCCAAAGAACAAUAUUGUCUUGACACUCAGCAGCAGUGGCUCUACAUCUUCAUUAAUUCACCCAAAUGGACGUGUUUACCAGUAUGGUAGUCGUGUUGAAAUUAUGGCUAAUGACCCUCAUGGAAACAACAAGUACGCUAAGAUGUGGUACAAGGGAGUCAGCUUCACAUCAGAAAAAUGUGCUCUAGUUUAUCUAGUGGAUUCUGGUGGUACAAGAAGUACAGCUGAUAACUUCUUGCAAAUGACCCAGGACUUUUCUGUGUCAGUAUUUUAUACAGGAUCACGUCACGGGCCAAACUGUUCACAAGAAGUAAUUUCAGUUUUGCAAAAUGGUCAAUAUUGGAUGACAGAUGAUCUCACACAAAACUGGAUUAUUAAUGGAAUUCGCAUAUCUCAGACACGGGAUGGUCUGGUCAGAGUUGCAUGUAACAACAAUAAAUAUCAACUUCGUACUUCACCUUCUAAUGGCAAUGCAUCAUUAUCAACACCUUUUGUACACUGCACUGCUUCUAUGGGACAGACGUCACACCUUUUUGUAAGACGUGGUGAAAGGCGCAUGCAUUAUGAUGGUUCCAGCUUUAUUGUGCGCAAUGCAGGACAUUCAGCUGGAUUUGAUGAGAAGAAUCAAUUGAAAGUAUACUGACUGAUACACUGUAACGGAUAGAAUAGUUAUAUUUUUUGAUGAACAUAUGAUAUUAUUGGCUGUUGAGUCAGAAGAGUAAUUUUUCUGGCUUCUUUUUUGAUAGAAUUUAAUAAUCUAGUACAGGGUAUCCUGGUAUACAACAUAUAGCAUUAGAGUCAAUGAAACUGCAAUAAUGUGUAUGUUAUUGUAUGGCACUACAAAAAUGCAACAAUAAACAGUAGUGAGUCACUAAGAGUAUUACAUAUGAUGAAGUGUGCAUGAAGUGAAGUGAAAUAUGUUUGCUGAGUAUAGUACAUGUGGAACUAUCAGCUACAGAUUUACUUUAAAGAUGUAUGUACGGCAAACUCAAAUGAUUGUGUUGUCAU